UUUCACAUCCAACAGAAAGAUGAGGUUUCCAGUAGCAGCCUAUAAUGGAUCUCGUCCCAGCUUGGAGGUAGAUCUCUUUGUUGCAAACAAGCUCAUUGACAUGUAUGGAAGGUGUGGAAGCAUAGGGGAUGCACUGUCGGUCUUUCAAAGCCUCAAAGAACGGGACUUCUUCUCAUGGCACUUUCUGCUCUACGGCUAUAUCCACAACAGGUAUAUAGAGGAGGCUAAACUCCUUUUUACUCGAAUGCCAUACAGGGACAUUGUCUCCUGGACUGCUAUGUUAGCUGCGUAUGCCAAGAGCAACCGUUUGGAGGAAGCAAAGGAGAUCUUUGACAUGAUGCCCCUGAGAAAUCUCUUCUCUUGGACGUCGAUGCUGGUUGCGUAUGCCCGAAAUGGGCAUUUGCUUGACGCAAAAAUUAUGUUUCUUGAGUCCCCUGAGACCGACAUGGUAUCUUGGACAGCGUUGCUCACGGCGUACGCGCAAAAUGGUUCUGUUAAGAGCGCCAUAAACGUUUUUGAAGAGAUGCCCGAACACGACAUUGUUGCCUGGAACGCUAUCCUAGCUGCCUGUGCCCAAAACGGGCAUACGGAACUGGCUCUAGCAACUUUCUCCAGAAUGCCCGAGAGGAGUUUGACCUCGUGGAACACAAUGCUGGCAGAAGGACCACAGCUGCAUUCGUCCGACCAAGUAUCUCAAAUCUUCAAGGAAAUGCCAGAGACUAACCUUAUCUCCUGGACUUCUUUGCUAGCAGCUCACGCUCGGGACGGGCAUCUGGAGUUAUCAAAGUGUACCUUUGACUCCAUGCCUGAGUGGAGCACUGUGACCUGGAACGCACUUCUUUCGGUUUACAGCCGUGGAGAUUCGACAGAGCAGACCGACAGCUUGUUUGGCAGAAUACCAGAACCGGAUCUCGUCUCGUGGAAUGCACUCUUGGCAUCAUACGCUCGUAACAGCCACGUUUCUAAUGUGAUCGACGUCUUCCACCAAAUGCCGGCUCGAAACAUUAUCUCAUGGACUACGGCUUUGGGUGCCUUGAUCCAAGACGGGAACCUGGAACUUGCUUCGAGGAUGCUAGACCAAAUGCCCGAGACCGAUCUCAUCUCAGUCAGCCAGCUUCUCUCCGGUUAUGCUGUAAACGGACAUAUGCUUGAGGCAUUUCAGAUGUUCUUCGCAGCAAACCUCGUCUAUGCUAUCGACCAAGCUUGCUUUGUUUCGUUCCUGAUCGCGUGCAGCCACGUUGGUUCGCUGGAUCUCGCAAGGUCCUACUUUCUGUCGAUGGCGGGCGACUUUGGGAUCCAAUCCACAAGGCAGCACUAUUGCUGUCUAGUCGAUCUUCUAGCCAGGUCGGGCUACUUGGACGAUGCCAGAGAGCUCAUCCACACAAUGCCAUUUUUUCCCGGAACUUUGGAGUGGACGUGCUUGCACUCCGUCCGUGCGUGAUCAAUCUUAUUGCUAGUUUGCGAGAGAAUUUUCCAUGUUAUAUUAUCAGCUUCGACAGGCAUCUCUUCCAUCAUGAUCAUGGCCUCGUCAAGCUCAUCCGCCCUGGCAAGAAGAUCAAU